UUCCUCGACUCCUCUCCCGGUUGUUGAUUUCUAUUGCUACUGUGCUCCUCUCUUUCCGACGGAGUAAGCGAAAGAUCUGUCCAUCGAGAAACCCUAGCCUCUUCCUCCUCGCCUAUCUCCUCCUGUUUUCUCGAUCUCGCUACAUAUUACGAUCCGAACAAAGACACGAUGCGGACGGCGCAGGCUUGGUUCACCGGGGGACCGAGCGGCGGCGGUGGAGGAGAGCAGCAUAAACCCUCCUCUUCGUCCCUCCUCGCUGAUUGGAACUCCUACGCUGCUUCCAGAUCGACGGAGGAGGGCGGGGCGUCCGCCUUCGGGUUCGAUAUCGAGUCCGCCGUCCAGUCCGCCAACGACAAGGUCACCGGAACCUUCAAUGUGGUAUCGAAAGGUGUGACGGAAUUGCCUGGGAUUUUCCAGUCUGCUACUAGCAGUGUGCCUUCUGGGAAGUCUCUCAUGUACUUUGGGUUGCUCCUUGCCAGUGGCGUGUUUUUCGUUGUUGUUGCUUUCACUAUGUUCCUUCCAGUGAUGGUCUUGAUGCCUCAGAAAUUUGCUCUCUGUUUUACUCUUGGAUGUGCCUUGAUCAUUGGAUCGUUCUUUGCUCUUAAAGGUCCUAAGAAUCAGCUAGCUCACAUGUUCUCCAUGGAGAGGCUGCCAUUUACAUUGGUAUUCAUCGGUAGCAUGGUGGGCACCAUUUAUGUCUCCAUGGUGCUUCACAGUUACAUUCUCUCUGUCCUUUUUUCUGUGAUUCAGGUUGUUGCACUCUCAUAUUAUUCUGUAUCCUACUUUCCCGGAGGAUCUACUGGUCUGAGGUUUCUCUCUUCGAGUAUAACAUCCUCAAUCCUAAAAUGCUUUGGCGGAUGAUUGCUGAUGUCUGUACCAUUUCUUCCUUCCUUACCUUGCUCACAUCCUACCUGGGUACUUUGUUCCUGUAAUCUUUUAGAAAUAUUACAGUGAAUGGGCGCAUGCAUGCAUUCAUUCCAAUAUGUUCCUAAGAUUUGUUAGGGUUCUCCGACCUUUGGACUUCCGCCUCCUUUGUUCAAAGAGAAUCAGUGGCAUUUGUAAUGAUUUUGUUUGUGUCAAGUUCCAAAGCUAUUAGGCUAUUAUCAAAAGUUUCGGCAUUUCAUGAGACGUUAUAUUUUUAAGACGUGUAUGUUUCUUUCAA